CUUUUCAAAAAGUCAUCGAAUUUUGACAGCUUCUGUGAACUUCUGUGUGUUUCUUGCAUGAUUCGGUGGUUUUAAUUUCUAUUAAUUCUAUUAGAAGUGGGUUUUUUCUAGAAAAAUAUGGCUUCUGUACUUGUACCAGAAAUCCCAGCCCCAGGCUUUUCUUUUGAAAAUUUUCAGCGAAAUGCGUUCCUUGAGCAGAAGGGUUUUCCAGCUCCAAAAGCGACUAAAACUGGUACCACCAUUGUCGGUAUAAUAUACGCAGAUGGCGUCAUUCUUGGAGCAGACACGAGAGCAACCGAAAACACUGUUGUAUCGGACAAAAACUGCCAGAAGAUUCACUAUCUGGCAGGCAACAUGUACUGCUGCGGGGCGGGUACUGCCGCAGACACGGAAAUGACUACUCAGACAGUGGCUUCGCAGCUGGAGCUGCAGCGCUUACACACCGGCCGCACGGUGCCGGUGGAGACCGCCGCAACCCUAUUGAAGCGCAUGCUGUUCCGCUAUCAGGGAUACAUUGGCGCAGCUUUAGUUCUGGGUGGCGUGGACAGAACUGGGCCACACAUCUACUGCAUUUACCCCCAUGGAUCUGUUGACAAACUUCCCUAUGCUACAAUGGGAUCUGGUUCUCUUGCUGCUAUGGCUGUAUUUGAAGCAGGGUGGAAGCCUAACCUCAGUGAGGAAGAAGGCAAGAAGCUGGUCCGAGAUGCAAUCGCAGCUGGUAUCUUCAAUGACUUGGGAUCAGGUUCCAAUGUGGACCUGUGUGUAAUCCGCAAUACUGGCCCUGCACAGUACUUGCGUACUUAUGAGGAAGCAAAUGUUAAGGGCAAGAAACAAGGUUCAUACAGAUAUCCCCUUGGAACAACUGCCGUGCUCAAGCAGAAAGUGAUCCCUCUGGAGGUUGAGGCAGUUGCAGUCCACCCAGUCCAAGCUAUGGAAGUAGAGCCUUCAUCAAGUCGCUAAUUUUCUAAAAAGUAUGUAAUGUUCAUAAUAAAACAAUUUUGUAAAAUAAAG